AUGAUUGCUCGUUGUCAUGCAAAAUGUUGGAUCAUUCAAUUGAAGGAAGAAAACCAGGAUUUGCAACUUUCUACUAAUCAACGUGGAAUCAAAGGUCACAUAAUUGUUUAUCCUCAGCGCCCAGAAGGGAUUGCAAAUGUCUUACCUCCGUCAGUGGAUGACAUUAUUAUGCCGAUUUGCAUCAUUUUUGUGGGCUCAUGUCCUCCGACUCGUGCAUGGCUUGAAGAAAAGGCCAAACCUUUGAUAGCUUGGAGAGAAAAAGUUCGUGCUGCAUUAGUUUGGUUGAAGGAACACAAUCGUCUGUAUAAAGAUAUCAUCAUUGAUUUUGAUGUUUUGAAUUCUAUGGAAGAAAAAAUGUUGAUGCCUUUUCACAUCGACCACGUUCUUCCAAAUGAUGCACGUGAUUCCUUGACAUCGAAGUAUGAUGCAACCGAGGCAGUGCAGUCAGAAGAUUCAUCCGAUGUGGAUAACAAUUCUUUGUUGUUUGAUGAACAAUCAUGUGCUGCUGAUCUGGAGACUAUGUUUGAAAAUGUCGUAGUCACUGAUGUUGACGGAAAUGCAUCUGCAAAUGAAUUGCGUGCAGCAGCAGUCCGUCAUAUCAAGAACAAAGGUGGUGGAUAUGUCCAGAUCCCUCAUGAUCCUCAACCUGUCAAUGAGUUCUUCGAUCCAAAUCUCUUUCCAAUGAUUUAUCCUACCUUGUUUCCAUAUGGAUUGGGAGGAUUUGAAGACCAUCUACGUCCUGAACCUUUGUCAAUCAAGAGACACGUUAAACACCUUUUUAACCUUGCAGAUCGUCGUUUUCAAGAACAUUACUCGUUUUUAUUCACAGCAUUCAACAUUUUACAGCGACGGAAGAUUUUGUUACACACAUCUUUGAAAGUAAAGCGGGACUCCUUUCCAACUGUAGCUACCAAUCUUGCUGCUGUUUCACCAUGGGCUGUUCACUGUGUGACAGAGCGUGUAGCUCGAGGAGACACUGUUUCUGCAAACAAUGAAGAUGAGCAAUGUGUGUUACGCUUGAUGAAAGAGGUAUGA